AUGGUGCUUCAACAAUGUUCGAGUGUCCUGGGCGAGAACUGUGAAAAGUAUGCCGACCUGCUCGAAAGGGUGGGCUUCACCUUGGGCGAUGACUUGGAGAAGGUCUCCGAUGCGCUCUUGGAGUCCUUGGACCGCCUCCAGGCGUUCUCCGACGCCGUGGCGCGGCUCCGCGCGGCGGCCGAGGCGGCGCCGGCGCCGGGCAUCUCCUGUCGAGCGAGCGGAGGCGGCCGACGGCGGAUGGGAGGAGACGGUGGAUUUGGCAAAGGCGGUUUUGGAGACAAAGGAAAGGGAAAAGGCAAGAAGGGCAAGGGAAAGGGCAAGGGCAAGGGAAAGCAGGAAGAGAAGCAAUGGGUGCCCAUGACAAAGCUGGGACGCUUGGUGAAUGAUGGCAAGAUCACUCAGUUGGAGGACAUCUACCUGCACUCUUUGCCCAUCAAGGAGCCCGAGAUCAUUGACCACUUCUACCCCCCUGGCUCGUUGAAGGACGAGGUGCUGAAGAUCCACCCCGUGCAGAAAAUGACUUCUGCGGGUCAGACCAACCGCUUUGUGUGCUAUGUCCUUGUGGGUGACACGAAUGGCCACAUUGGCUUGGGUUCCAAGUGUGCCAAGGAGGUUGCCACGGCCAUUCGAGGUGGUAUCAUUGCGGCAAAAAUGAACCUGAUCCCUGUCCGUCGUGGCUUCUGGGGUAACAGGAUUGGUCUGCCCCACACAGUUCCCAUGAAGGUCCAUGGCAAGUGCGGUUCAGUGCGAGCCCGCUUGAUCCCUGCCCCUCGAGGCUCUGGCAUUGUCGGCUCCCCAGUCAUGAAGAAGAUGAUGGCCUUCGCUGGCAUUUCUGAUUGCUUCACUUGCUCUUGCGGUCACACACGAACCACGGCCAACUUUGCAAAGGCGACCUUCGAGGCGCUCAAGGCUACUUAUGGCUACUUGACCCCCGACCUCUGGAAGCCCACGAAUCACGUGAAGUCUCCUUUCCAGGAGUGGUCUGACUACCUCUCACAAUCCAAGCAGGCUGCAACUUACUGA